AUGCUUCAGUCCCGCAAGAUCGUGUGUAAAAAGCUGUCGACCGACUUUCGUGCGUGCACGGCUAUCGUUUCCUACCACCUGCCAGCACUCGGUCACGAUGACGUCCUCGUACAUACCAAGUACUGCGGCAUCAAUGCAUCCGACAUUAACUACACGAACGGCUCGUACCUGCCAGGCGUCCAGCCACCUUUUGACUGUGGCUUUGAAGCCGUGGGCAUUGUGCUCGACGUCGGACCGGGCGUGGAGAAGCUUCAAAAAGGCGACGCAGUAGUUUCUGCCUCAUACGGCGCGUUCGCCGAGCAUUUGGUAACUCAAGAACGCCGUCUAGUCAAAGUCCCUGCUGCCGUGCCAGAGGUCCUACCAAUGACCUUAUGCGGUCUCACGGCGUCCAUGGCACUCGAGUACGUGGGUCAAAUGACCCACGGAGAGACGGUGCUGGUUACAGCAGCGGCUGGAGCAACGGGUCAAUUUGCCGUGCAGCUGGCAAAGCUUGCUGGGAACCACGUGAUUGGCACGUGCAGCUCGCCGGACAAGGUGGAAUACCUGCGUUCGAUUGGCUGUGAUCGCCCCAUUAACUACCGCGAAGAGAAAGUGUACGACGUGCUCAAGCAGGAGUACCCUCGUGGAGUGGACCUUGUCUUUGAGAGCGUGGGUGGAGAGAUGUUCGAGGCUUGUGUCAACAACAUUGCGCGAAAGGGCCGCAUCAUUGUCAUUGGAGCCAUUGCUGGCUACCGGGACUCGAGCACGUGGAAGCACAAGCUCAACAAGACGACGAUGCCGCUGCCGUCGAAACUGCUGACCAAGUGCGCUUCCGUGCGCGGUUUUUUCUACACUGACUACAUCCGUGAGGCGCCCGGGCAUACCAAGAAGCUCACGACGCUGGUACAACGUGGUGUGCUGAACGCGGGCGUGGACCCAUCCAAGUUUUACGGGCUGGAAGACAUUCCGAAUGCCAUUGACUAUAUGUACGAGCGGAAGAACCUUGGCAAGGUCGUCGUGGAUCUCACGAAGGGCUCCGCAAAGCUCUAA